GAACAGAGCUGUCCCUGUUGCCUACGACAGUUUUCACUUCAAUUUUCCCAUUGAUUUCCAUCGCCAAAUUCGAUUUGUGCAGUAUUAAGAGGCCACAGAGACCAACUAAUCCGAUCAUCAUCAUCAUCAUCAUCGGAAAAACCUUUUUGAGACCACAGGGAAAACACCCGUAAACCCUAGCUUUAACAAUGUGCUUUGAUCUAAUUUCUUCUUGUGUUUUCUUGUACAAAAUUUACUGUACAUAACACUAGCUAAUUAUCUGAUCGGUGGCGAUGAUCAGUGCGUCCAACCCUAAUUCAAUGAUGUCUUCGUCGUCAACAACAGGCACCAACAACGCUGCCGGCAGCGGCGGACAACAAGCACCGGGUUUGAAGACGUAUUUCAAGACUCCAGAAGGAAGGUAUAAACUCAAGUAUGAGAAAACUCAUCCCGCUGGUCUCCUUCACUACGCCCAUGGCAAGUCUGUUACUCAGGUCACUCUAGCUCAUCUUAAGGAUAAACCUGUGCAUGCUCUGUCGUCAUCUUCUUCAAGUGUAGGCGUUGGUAGCGGCGUAAGAUCAGCUGCAGCGAAGUUCUUAGGUGGUGGCAAUGGGAGUAGAGCACUUAGUUUUGUUGGAGGGAAUGGUGGGAGCAAGUCUUCGAGUGGGAUAACUAAAGUCGGAUCAUUGGGUACUUCAUAUACUAAUAAUUAUACACCAAACUCGAACUUUGAUGGGAAGGGAACUUACUUGAUAUUCAACGUUGGGGAUGCAAUUUUCAUUAGUGAUUUGAAUUCUCAGGAUAAGGAUCCUAUAAAGUCUAUACAUUUUAGUACGUCAAAUCCCAUUUCCCAUGCUUUUGAUCCAGAUGCUAAAGAUGGACAUGAUUUGCUCAUUGGGUUGAAUUGUGGAGAUGUUUAUUCAGUAUCAUUAAGACAACAAUUACAAGAUGGUGGGAAAAAGCUUGUUGGAGGCCAGCAUUAUAACAAAGAUGGCUGUGUCAAUAACAGUCGUUGUACUAGUAUUGCAUGGGUCCCUAAUGGUGAUGGAACUUUCGUUGUUGCACAUGCAGAUGGAAAUAUGUAUGUAUAUGAAAAGAGCAAAGAUGGUUCAGGCGAUCCUUCAUUCCCAAUAAUCAAGGAUCAAAGUCAAUUUUCUGUUUCGCACGCCCGCUACAGUAAGAAUCCAAUUGCUAGAUGGCAUAUAUGCCAAGGUUCGAUAAAUAGUAUUGCAUUUUCAAGUGAUGGAGCCUAUAUAGCAACUGUCGGAAGGGAUGGUUAUCUACGAGUCUUUGACUUCAAAACUGAACAACUUAUAUGUGGAGGCAAAAGCUAUUAUGGUGCUUUAUUAUGUUGCACCUGGAGCAUGGAUGGAAAAUAUAUAUUGACUGGAGGCGAAGAUGACCUGGUUCAAGUUUGGAGUAUGGAAGAACGGAAAAUAGUAGCAUGGGGUGAAGGACAUAGCUCAUGGGUCAGUGGGGUCGCAUUUGAUUCAUAUUGGUCUGCCCCAAAUACAGAUGGCACUGCGGAAAAUGUCGUAUAUCGAUUUGGUUCUGUUGGUCAGGACACCCAAGUACUCUUGUGGGAUCUUGAAAUGGAUGAACUCGUAGUGCCAAUGCGUCGGGCUCAUGGUGGGUCCCCAACAAUGAGCACCGGGAGCCAGUCGGCUCAUUGGGACACCGCAUGCCCACUUGGUACUUUGCGACCUGCACCAAGCAUGCGUGACGUUCCAAAGCUCUCUCCUUUAGUAGUUCAUCGUGUCCACACUGAACCUCUCUCUGGUUUGAUAUUCACUCACGAGUCAGUGCUAACCGUAUGUCGAGAAGGGCACAUCAAGAUCUGGGCAAGACCGAGUUCGUCAAACGAGGGUCAAUCUACAACCUCCGACUCACUUUCAACCACAAGUUUGAAAGAGAAGCCAUUGUUUUCAGGUAAAGUCGGUAGUAUGAGUUACAGGCAAUGAAAUGAUUCGAGUUUUUAUGCAGUUUUUAUGAAGCACACAGGGUUUAAUAAUAGCCUAACAACAUCCGUCGUAUGUCAUGGGGGGAUCGGUGGCUCAACGAGAUUUAGGAAGAAAGCCCAUUUUUUAAGAAAGGGUGAGACUUGAACCCACAACCUCUGGUUGACCUGAUCUGUUGAAGGGGUUGUUGAUAACAUAUGAAAUAACUAAUCUUUAAUAAUGGAAGUUAAUCUUGUUUUCUUUGAAAAAUCUAAGUUAUAUAGAUGGAGGUUUGGUGGUUCCUUUGUAACUCUUCUUUUUCUUAUGUUUUAAGUCAGAAUUGAACUAACUGGUAACUUGCACUGCUUGUGUUAUGCAAAUCAAAUACUCCAUUUAGAG